UGACCCCACACGCGUCCGUCCGCCCUCUCUUGUCGACUUCGCCACAACCGCAGCCAGAAACACAGAGAGCGAAAAGCCAGAAAGGAGAAAGGCGGGGAAACGAGAGAGAAAACGUGAGCUUGGGGAAGCGAGGAGGACAAGGGCAGGGCGAACGGGGAGGGAAUCGUGGGCUUGGGAUCGAGCGAUGUCGGGGUCGGGGUCGGACUUCUCCUCCUACGGCGGCGAGGAGUACAAAACCUUCCGGCAGAUCAGCCGGGACAGGGUAUUAAAUGAAAUGCUGCAGUCAGCCAAAGUCAAGGACUCAAAAGCAACAUGGAAGGUGCUUAUCAUGGAUAAAUUUACUGUCAAAGUUAUGUCUUACUCUUGCAAGAUGUCAGAUAUUACUGAUGAGGGAAUUUCAUUGGUGGAAGACCUUUACAAACGAAGACAACCAUUACCUUCAAUGGAUGCGAUCUACUUUCUCCAACCAUUGAAAGAAAAUGUCAUAAUGUUCCUAUCUGACAUGUCUGGAAGAGUUCCUUUGUACAGAAAGGCAUAUGUCUUCUUCAGUUCUCCAAUACCUAAAGAGCUGGUUGCAUACAUAAAGAAUGAUACUAGUGUUUUACCCCGCAUAGGUGCACUAAGUGAGAUGAACUUGGAGUACUUUGCUAUAGACAGUCAGGCUUUUGUUACUGAUCAUGAGAUGGCCUUAGAGGAAUUAUUUGGAGAGAAUGCUGAAAAUUCUCGUAAGUACAAUGAGUGCUUAAGCACGAUGGCUUGUCGCAUUGCCACUGUCUUUGCUUCUUUGAGGGAGUUCCCUUAUGUACGCUAUCGUGCCGCCAAAACUCUAGAUGCUUCCGUAACUACUACACAACGAGACUUAGUUCCUACGAAGCUUGCUGCUGCUGUUUGGAACUGUCUUUCCAAGUAUAGAACUACUAUACCUGAUUUUCCCCAGAAGGAGACAUGUGAAUUACUCAUUGUGGACCGAUCAAUAGACCAGAUCGCACCUGUCAUUCAUGAAUGGACGUAUGACGCCAUGUGCCAUGAUUUACUAAACAUGGAUGGAAACAAGUACAUAUAUGAGGCUCCAAGCAAAUCAGGAUCAGGAAGUGAAAAAAAGGAGGCUUUGUUGGAAGAUCAUGAUCCUGUUUGGCUAGAGCUCCGGCAUGCACAUAUAGCAGAUGCCAGUGAAAGGUUACAUGAAAAGAUGACCAGCUUUGCCUCGAAGAACAAAGCAGCACAAAUGCAUAGUAUGUCAAGAGAUGGUAGUGAUAUUUCAACGAAGGACCUACAAAAAAUUGUUCAAGCUUUGCCACAAUACAGCGAACAAGUUGAAAAGCUUUCCCUCCAUGUAGAGAUUGCAGGAAAAAUCAAUAAAUUAAUUAGAGAAAUAGGGCUUCGCGAUAUUGGACAGUUGGAGCAAGAUGUUGUGUUUGGAGAUGCAGGGGCAAAAGAAGUUAUCAGUUUCCUGAGGACAAAACAGGAUCUCAGUCCAGAAAAUAAAUUAAGACUACUGAUGAUUUAUGCAGUCGUGUAUCCAGAAAAGUUUGAAGGCGACAAAGGGGAAAAGUUGAUGCAGCUGGCAAAGUUAUCACCGGAGGAUAUGAAGACGGUAAGUAAUUUGAAGUACUUGGGAGGAUUAGAUAGACAAAAGGAAUCACGAGGUAGUUUCUCUCUCAAAUUUGACACUCACAAGAAGAAAAAUGCAGCGAGAAAAGAACGAAAUGAUGAGGAAGAAACAUGGGCACUUUCUCGGUUUUAUCCAAUGAUAGAGGAGCUGAUUGGGAAACUAAGCAAAGGCGAACUACCGCAAGAUGGGUACCCAUGUAUGAAUGAGCCAAGUCCAACUGUUCAUGGGUCGUCACAGAGUGCAUCAGUCCGGACAACUCAAGGUCAGCCUGCACACUCAAUGAGAUCCAGGAGGACUCCAACAUGGGCUAAGAGUCGCAACUCAGAUGAUGGUUAUUCAAGUGAUUCGGUAUUAAGACAUGCAUCUAGUGACUUUAAGAGAAUGGGGCAGCGUAUUUUUAUCUUUAUGAUUGGAGGAGCUACUAGAUCUGAGUUACGCGUGGUACACAAGCUCACUUCGAAACUUAAGAGGGAAGUUAUCCUUGGAUCUUCUAGUCUAGAUGAUCCUCCUCAAUUUAUCACGAAAUUGAAGAUGUUGACUGCUCAAGACGUUUCAGUUGAUAGACUUCAUAUUUAACUUUGAACCACGAACAAGCGUGCAACCACACCUAUUGCAGGAAAUCAGAAUUUCUAGAUCUACUACAAAAUUCGAGUAUCCUUCCUCUGCCAUCUAGUUGUGUGAUGUCACAGAAUUCUAAAUAUUGCCGACGGCAUAUGCAUUACUUGGACCCCUUUUUCUUCUUCGUUACCUGCCUUGUUUGGGUAAAAUGAUGGUAAUUGAAGUAGUGAGUUUACCAUAUAAUGUUCAUUAAAUGUGUUCACCGUGGGCAUUUGUUAUGUAGCUUGUGAGUAGCUGUAUCGAAUAACAAAAAGUAAAUCAGUCAUCAUGAUAGCUUAUCUGCGAAAAAAGAAAGAAUGUUUCAAAAUGCAAAUAUGAUACAAGUUGCCUUGUUCAACCAAGAUGUAACUAGCAGGUACCUUGAUAUUAUUAUCAAAUACAGUAAUUUAUGGGAUGUUAUCAAUUAAACAUUGC